AUGGCUCGCUUGAGUGCCCAAGGCUCAGGCUCAGCUGAGGUUCAGCAAUCACCCACUCAAUCUGUCAAUACUGCUGCUGCUUCUGAUAACGCCAACGAUGAAGCAGUCCCUCCAUUCUUCAACACAACUUUUUCCACCCACCGCGUUUCACCUUUGCAUAUUGGCAAAACACGGCUUACCAAGCAGAGACUCGAGGUGUUCGCCAGCCGCCUACGCGACACCCUUGUUGGGGAUGUAAUUCGUGGCAUCCAGCUCAGAUUGGAAGCGACAGAUACAUCCAUAGGACAAGUCGGAGUCCUAAAGGGGGUGCGAAUCGAGUGGUUCCGUGCGAGCACAUUCUUGGGAGAAGAUGUCAGCAACGAUGACCUUGAAGCCCCACGCGGUAACCAGAGCGACCUUCCAGACGACCAGAAGCAAGGACUUUGGAUAAGUAUAGAGCACGAAAACGCUGCAUACGCCGCGAUCCUCCUACCUGGCUUCUCUGAAUCUUCUGGCAUUCGUCAAGGGGAGGAUCAAAGCAAAUUUCUUCAUUUACCACUGUUACUGAUGCGCAUGCCCCAGCAGCUAAAGAGCGUCGUGGCAGACUGGCUUGCUGCUUCUUUCGAUUGCCGUGUAAGCCGAGUGGCAUUGGGAACAAAGACAAUCCUGGGCGUUUGGGAGAGCUGGAUUGCUAGCAACGGAAUCAACGAUCGCGGUGCUGAUUUUACUACUACUCUCGCAUUCAACGCGCCCCUACCAACCAACGAUGCCCCGACAGCUACCGAAGUAGAUCAACCUCAAAAUGAAGAGACGACCACUGCAGGACUACGCUCUAUUGACAUUACAAUAUCUGCUCAAGAUCUUAGGCGUUUUGUACGCGCUGGCGAGAAGAGCCACGCCCCAGACGAUGCCUCUUGGCAGGGAGACGCCCGCGAGCGCCGUCGGCUUGCUGGAAGGAACACGGACGAUGGCUGGACUUGGAGAACAAAAGAAAGCUCUGAAAUAUCACCUUUCACCGAAGCCCUGGGAAGCUAUCUACACCAUCAUCUCGCAUUGGACCUCUUUCAUCCCAGUGUGCACGUUACCCAGAUAUCUUGCGCCGGGUUCGUGCUUGGACAAGGUCGAUUGAAAAUCCUAAUGUCCGGAGAGGUUAGCCAGCCUCUUUCCCGCGCUGCUUGGUCGUUUGUGGCGCAACUUGGACAAAGGGUCACGGGCGAGCAGUUGCCGCAGGUAUUUUCAACCCAGUUUGGUGGUUGA